GUGUUAUGCUUUUUUCAUUCUUUUUUUAUCUUAUUUUUUCUCUUUGUAAAAUAAAAUCAUCACGAAUUGAGUGAGUGUCGCCACUGGCCAUCGCGGCAAGAGAAAGAUAGAAAGAGCGUGACUGUGUCACUCUUUGGCCGCUGGCGGACUUCCGCAGGCCUCUUCGACGACGACGUCGAAGACGGGGUUGACGGGGAAAAAGGUAAACAGAUAAGUAUUAUUAUGGCCGCUAACGGAACAACGAUCAUUAAUACAAAUACGACUACGAGUACCACGGCAACAUCGAUGUUGAUGCCGAUGACAACUAUUAAUAAUUCAGGCACUAGCUCAGAGAAGCAGUACUUUUACGAGGAUGUUGUUUAUCGAGUCGACAAGCGUGGUAAUGUUGAGUUCGGUAUCGUCAUGGAAAACGAUGAUCAAGAGUUAUCCGAUGAAAGUAGCAGCAAUGAAGACAGCCCUAAGCGAAAGAAGGGUGAAAUCCGUGUCGUGUGGCAUCCAUCCGGAGUUGAGGAGCUUGUCAAUUCAAAGAAGAUUCAUCUAGCUGAUAGAACUUUGAUGCCAGGCGAUGUUGUUAGACGCAUGAUCAAAGGUAAAGAUACACAAAGAGGUUAUUGUCGAGAUAUUGAGUUAACUGCUUGUGUUCAAGUUAUUGGUACUAAACAAGUAUUAACGAAUAUUAAAAGUGAAAAUCUUGUACCACUUGAGGAAUUUGCUUCAGAUAUAGCGGUCUGCAUGGAUUCUUGGGUGGGUGGAAUCAGAAUGGUUCAUUUUAAAUUGUGGCUGGCCACUCCUGAUGGUUCUAGAUGUGUUAUUAAUGAAAUAGAUGCUAGAGGCUUAGAACAUUUUGAAGAAAAACGAGAAACAGAUAAUGAUUUUCCUCAUUCAUCUGAAUUCUAUCCUGGUCAGAGUUUAUGGGGUCCUGUACAUUGUCUUGAAGAAGCACAGUGGAUACAAUGUACAAAAGAGAUGAAAGCUAAACGAAAAUCUAAACCACAGCGAAUAACAAAAGUGAUUGUUGAAAAAGUUGAAACUGAUUGGGUAGGUGUACAUUGGCAAUGUAAAACGUAUUCUAGAGAUGGUGCUUGGAUAGACCAAGCACACCCUAAAUUUGUUGUAGAGGGUGAAGAUUUAAAAAAACUGAAAUUGCUUAAUGUUUUUGAGCCAUCAACACUACAAGUAGGUGAUAGAAAUUUUUAUGUAAUCAAAGGUGAUGAGAGUGUUAUAACACGUGAACAAUGGCGGAAACAACAAAGAGAAAAUUUUCAAGUUCCUAAACAUAGCCCAAGAAAAACACGCAACAUUAAUAUGUCAAAAAUAGCUGUUGAAGCGAAAAUAAAGAAAGAUAGGGGAAUUGAUAAAUUGCGUGAAAAUUCGAAAGAAGAACGUAAAAUCAGUAUUGAGAAUAAAACAUAUUGUGGAAAAGAUGUAAUAAGCAACAAUUUAUUGCUUCCUAUUCAAAAUCAAAAUAUUGAAAGCUCAGAUGAUUGGGAUACUGAAAACACGGAUUCUCAAAGUGAUUCUGCAUCGGUAUCAAGUGGUUGUUCUAGUUUAUCAUCAAUGGGAAAGAAGAAAAAAGGUCCAGCACUAAUGACAAAAGUUCUUAAAAAACGCAAACUGUGUAAAGCUCGAAAAAGAAUUCCUCCUCCUCCAUUAGUACCUGGAACAAAAAUUGUUGUAGAAACUCUUUCUACAAAUACCAAAGCAAAUGUUGUUUGGCAAGAUGGUUCUGUCGAAUUUGGUAUACCAUCCAUUCAGCUGUAUCCAAUUCACCAUUUAGAUGAUAAAGAGUUUUUUCCCGGUGAUUUUGUUAUUGAUCAAAAUGAAGAAUCAAGAAUGUAUGGAGUAGUGCAAAGUGUUGAUCAUCAAGGAAGAACUGCUACAAUAAAGUGGUUUAAAACUUACACAUCUAGUCAAAGUCCUCAACCGACAUUUUUAGAAGAGCGCGAAGUAAGCGUUUAUGAUCUGAAAGACCAUCCAGACUUUCAGUAUAGGCCAGGCACUCUAGUCAUUCGUAUAGCAAAUUUUGAAGGUGAGGAUGCGAGAUGUACUGCUGGUCAAGUUCUUGAUAACUAUCCAGAGGGUCAUGUUAAAGUCUGGUGGGUUGAUGGUCACGUGAGUAUGUGUUGGCCGCAAGAUUUAUAUAAGGUAGGCGAGUAUGAUAGCGACGAAGGUGAAUUAUGGGACGAUGUUUCUUCGGAUGCUUCUUGGGAGACAGAACUUGAAGACUGUUUCAUCGCAGAUAAUGAUGGAAAUACUGAGCAGACUGAAAAUAUAAAACCAAAGCUAGCCGCACAUAUUGAAAAGGCAAGAAUUGCUAUGUCAAGAUUAGAAGAGAUUUUUACACAGAAUCCAGCAUUACAAACAACUGAAGUUAUGAGAAGACUACUAGAGGUUUAUAAAGAUUGUCGGUACAUGGAUAGGCUGAUGGGUACUUCUUUUUUUCACGAAAGUCAUUUUCAAGGACUUUUGGAAAGAGUUAGGGAGCGAGGAAGGGCUAAUGUGGCCCAGAGAAUGGUUGAUCAGGUAAAUAGACUCUUUACUCAUACUGAAAAUGGACUGGAAAGAAAUUCAGAACACAUUGAAUCCAAAAGUCAAGAUGUCCAAAUAAAUAGUGUUAGCAACUCUUUAGAUAAAUCGAUAUCUGAAAAAAUAAGUCUAAUAUUUACAGAGGAAGUUGUAUUAGAUGGCGAAGAAAAUAAAAAAGAUUUGAAAACCAGUGAACUAAACAAGGAAAAUCAAUUUUUUAUCCACUUAAAUCUAAAUCCUGAAGAUUCUGGAUCAUUUUCUGCUGAACACUCAAAAAAAGAAUCUGGAUCAAGUGAAUCAAGUGGAGAAUUUCUGCUAAGUGAGGAUGUUAAUAAUGGAGAAAAAUCUGCUCUAGAUAUUCAACAGACUCCAUCUCUUUCUGAAAAUAUAGAUAACAUUCACAUCAGAUCGUCACAUGUAUGUGUUAAACUUUGCAAUCUCAUCAAAGCACAAUUGGUGUUAGCACAUGCUGAAGUAUCUAAAAGAUUUGGACUUUCAAAAAUGUCCUUAUCCGAUGCAGCUAAAACUUCAUCUCCUAAUAAAAAACUGAAAAAAGAGGAUGAUAAAAAGAUUGAUUUACUAUCUGACUCAGAACCAUUAAUAGAGAUUCCACCACCAGUAUAUACCGAAGGUGAAGGUUUUUCAAUAGAAGAGACAGCUCCAGAUAGUCACAAAUUCAAGCUCACUAUGUUUCAACCAACUGAUCGUGUUAAUUUUUUUCGUACUGUUUCAAAGGAAUUAAAAUUACUAAGAAGUUCUCUACCGUCUGGUAUAUGGGUUAAAGGAUUCGAGGAUCGAAUGGAUUUAUACUCUGUCAUGCUUCGUGGUCCUGAAAAAACACCCUAUGAAGAUGGACUCUUUCUUUUUGAUUUUCAAUUGUCGGCUGAUUAUCCAGCAGCUCCUCCUUUAUGCCAUUACAUUUCAUAUUGUAGCGAUAGAUUAAAUCCGAAUCUUUAUGAAGAUGGCAAAGUGUGUGUAAGUUUAUUAGGAACAUGGGCAGGGCGAGGAACAGAAGUAUGGACAAAUGCAUCAACGCUACUUCAAGUCAUAGUUUCUAUUCAGGGUUUGAUUCUUGUAGCAGAGCCAUAUUUUAAUGAGGCUGGCUUUGAGAAACAAAAAGGAUCCCAACAAGGCUGUGAAAAUUCAAGAAUGUACAAUGAAAUGGUUGUUUUAAAACUUGUACAGUCCCAAUCGAAACUGCUACAAUAUCCACCACCAGUUUUUAAAGAUAUAAUUAUAGAACAUUUCAAUAGACAUUUUGAGAAAUUAUUACAAAGAUUAGAGCUAUGGAUGGAGAUUUCUGAACAACAUAAUAAUCAUCAUCCACUAUCGCCAGUGAAUCCAACUAUGUUUAAAGAAAUUGCUUCACGUGUUUGA